AUGCCUGAAUCUGAUCGUAAGAGAAUCGUGAUUGAAUCUGAUCUAAGCGUUGAUGAUGAUGAUCAACUGCCUGUUCGCGGUGGCGGCGGAUCAUCAGAGUCGUCCCAGGUUACCGAUAUCGACGACGACGAGGAAUACCUCCUUGCUGCUGCAGCGCAAGCUGACGCGGGUCGUCGCAUUGGCACGUUCACUUUUGAGUACCCCAGUGAGUUCCUCGAUUGUGAAGUUGAAUUCUCUGAUUCUGAGGUUGAUCACGAAUUUUUCGCCAAUCUAGAUUUGGCGGCUACCAAGGAGGAGGAGGCUGCUGGAGGUGUUUCCCCCACAAAGAAGAAGAAUACUUGUCUCCAUUCGGGGCAGAAGCUUCCUGAAUUGUGUUUUGUGAAGACUAUCAAAGAUAGUAAAUUCGCAAGUAUGUAG